AUGCUGACGAGGAAGCCCACGUGGAAUUACAAGCCUGGGACGAACAUCUUCUUGUUCUUGAUCCGAAUCGGGGCCGGCGACGAGUCGCCGGCUGUCCCGGAGGAAUCGUUGGAGGAAUUGAAGGAUUUCCUGUCCAAUUGCUUCGUGAAGGAUCCCGCGGCGAGAUGGAACGCCGUGAUGCUUCUUGAACAUCCGUUCCUUAGCGCCAACGAAAUCGGAAACGGAUACGAAACACGAAACAACGUCAUUUGCUGUUCGGGAGUGGAAUUCCCAUCGGUGUGA